UGGGAUCUGCUGGCUGCAGCAGGGGAAGGAGGCCAAGUGCACCAUGAUCCUGAAAACGGGCGUGACGUGGGAGGAAUGCUGCGCCAACGGCAACGUGGACGUGGCCUGGUCUAAUUACACCUACCCAGGCAACAAGAUCAGCCUGCUGGGCUUCCUGGGGCUGGUGACCUGCCACCCCUGCAAAGAGAGCUGCGAGGGGGUGGUGUGCGGCCCCGACAAGGUGUGCAAGAUGAAGCACGGGCGGCCCCAGUGCGCCUGCGCCCCCGACUGCUCCAGCCUGCCCCGCAAGCUGCAGGUCUGCGGCUCCGACGGCUACACCUACCGGGACGAGUGCGACCUGCUGACGGCCAAGUGCAGAGACCACCCCGACCUGGAAGUGAUGUACCAGGGCAAAUGCAAAAAGUCCUGCUCCAGCGUGGUGUGCCCCGGCACCCACACCUGCGUGGUGGACCAGACGGGCAGCGCGCACUGCGUGACGUGCCGGACGGCUCCGUGCCCCGAGCCCACCAGCCUGGACCAUGCCCUCUGCGGCAACAACAACGUCACCUACCCGUCGGCGUGCCACCUGCGGCGGGCCACGUGCCACCUGGGGCGCUCCAUCGGCGUGCGCCACUACGGGAGCUGCUCGGCCGCGGCCAAGUUCUCCCUGGAGACGGACAACGCCGAGGAAAACUACGUGUGAAUCCUUCCUUCGCCGCAAGGCCGGACCCAGGAGACAGGGGCAUUAUGUGUAUAUUGUACAAACCAUAUACCUGAUAUUUAUUAAGAUAAAAGGUCCUUAUUUAUAUCUGUGUAUGUUAUGCAGCCGCAGAGGGCCCGGUUCCCGGCCCUGCCAGCCGUGCCGGGGCUGCGCGGGGCCACCUGGGCUGCUCCGUGCCCGCGGCAUCGAGGGGGCGUCCGCACCGCUGCACGCUGCCCCCCCACGUGUCCUUGGACGGCCGCCCCGGGCCUAUUUAUUUUUGGAUUGAAUUCUUGGUACUCUGCUGACGUUUCUGGCCGGGACCUCGGGGUCAAGUGGGAAUCUGCGCUUUAUCUUUCCCCGGAGGGGCUCAGCCCCAGCUGCCAGCAGCAGGAAACGGAGCACGGAGCUGCGCCGGAUUGAGACGGAUAGAUCUCUAUUUUUAUACGCAUAUACAUACAUAUAUGCACAUAUAUAUGUAUGUUUUUUUCCCCCGAAGUUUUAGCACGUGCAUGUUAAAACUGAUGUUAGCUUAGGUUCUCCCAGGCCUGCUCAGAGCAGGCGUCCAGCCCCCUCGGUGGCGAUGGGGACGCCGCUCGCCCUCGCUCACCCCGCCGUGGCCAAAACCCCUCGGCGAGCAGCCCGGGCCGCUGCGGGCAGAGGGCUGCAGAGCCCCCACGGGGGCACGGGGCAGGAGUGGCCCCGGGACCCCCAGCCGCGCUCAGGGGCAGGCGCAGCCCCCUCCAGCCCCCCUUUCCCACACCCGCCGCUCUCUCACUCCCUCUGUAUUUAUUGUUACUUCUCUCUCUUUUUGUGUGCAUUGUGACCUGUGUAAAUACCAUCUCGUCUCUGACACCAAGAAGCUGUUGCCUUUAUAUAAAUAUCAUAUAUAUAAUAUAUAUAUAUAUAAAUACCCUAUUUUCUAUUUUUGUAUGACUGUGUUCUGAUUCCUGAGGCAGAAGCUAUGGGAACAUACACAUUUCCUAUUCCAUAUUGUUAGGAGCAUUUUACAGCUGUGGUUACAAUUUGGAUUACAAUUAAAAAAAGAAUAAAAGGU